UUGUGGGCUAAGUAAAUCCUGAUAGACAAGAGUUCCAUGUUGAUGUGUAUAUACUUUGGAUGUCAACUUAAAUACUGAACAUACAACCAAACAUGGUGUAGAAAACCCCACCCAAUCUUAUAAUCGCCUUUUAUUGGUGGGUGAUKUUUUGUAAAUCCUGUCCCCCUUUUUGUUGGCGAUUGUAAUUGGUCAAUGGUGACGACAAUCCCAACUCACAUUCCCGCCUACCGAGGAGAUCAAGUUUGAAUGAACAACAGCAGUCUGUUCAAGGAGUAGUAGUUGCAAUUUCAGUAAAAAAUACUUUUACUUCUGUAUACUUGGUUUAUAAAAUCGGUGGACUAGUUUUCUCAAGAUGGAUAUGAAGAAAAGAAUUCAUCUAGAAUUGCGGAAUCGCACGCCAUCUGAUGUGAAAGAACUGGUGCUUGAUAUCGCUCUAAACGAAGGCAAAAUUGAGGGCCUCACAGAUGAAUUUGAAGAGUUGGAAUCUAGCACAAUCAACGUUGGGCUGACGUCGGUCUCCAACUUGCCCAAGCUGAACAAGCUAAAAAAGUUGCUUGAACUCAGCGACAACAGGAUCUCAGGUGGGCGUGAAGUACUGGCGGAGAAAAUGCCCAAACCUCACACACUAAACCUCAGUGGCAACAAAAUUAAAGACCUCAGCACAAUAGAACCACAGAAAAAAUUAGAGACCCUCAAAAGCUUAGACUUGUUCAACUGUGAGGUGACCAACCUCAACGACUACAGAGACAACGUGUUCAAGCUCCUCCCCCAGUUGACGUACCUCGGCUAUGACAAAGACGACAAGGAGGCGCCAGCGGACGCAGAGGCCUAUGUGGAGGGACUGGAUGAUGAUGAUGACAGUGAUGAGGUAGAUGAGGAGGAGGAGGAGGAUGAGGAUGAAGACGCCCCACCAAGAAAAGAGGAUGAUGACGAUGAGGAAGAGGAGGAAGAGGAGGACCUAAGUGGAGAGGAGGAAGAGGAGGAGUUGGACGGCAAGGAGAGUGAUGAGGAUAAUGAAGAAGAGGAGCGAGGUCUGAAGAGGAAAAGGGAUCUAGACGAGGAAGCAGAGGAGGAGGAAGACGACUGACGAUGUGCUCACCACCAAGCUAUGUUCUGAUCAGACUGUUUUAACCUUGUAUUCCCUGUCCCCUCCCACCCCUCUGUAUUUGUCCGUUGUCAUAUAUUGCAGUAGGCAUGGGUAGUGUCAUGGGCCAGCUGGGUAAAGGGUUGGUGUAAGGAAACAAGUUUGAUUAUUUUUUUCUUAUAUAUUUUGUUGUACUUUUUGAUUCCUUGUAUUCUACUCAUAUCUGUCCCCUGCAAACCACUGGAAGGGCAGAAAGAGAACAUUUCGUAAAAGUCCAAUAUUAUUAGCUCUAACCUUUGUAAAGGUUUUGUUUUCUCAGUGAUAUUGAUACCUUCUGUGUAAACAGAUUUCUGAUGAUGAUUUAUGUAUUUAAAGAGACAAACUACCAAAAAACCUUUUAGAAAUGCAUGUCUGAAAUAGAUUUUAAAGUCGACUACUGGAUUUCAAGUAUGACAGUUUCCUAUACCCUUUUCUUAUUCAGUGUCUUUUUCUUUCAGUGUACAUUAAGCGUUUUGUGGUGUCGUCCGUAUAUCAUAUGUGCUGUUUUCAUUAUGGAAAGGGUGUUUAAACAUUCAUAGAGUGGCCUGUAUACAGGCCAUCUUUUAAACACAGUAAAGAAUGUCUGCCCUUGUCAGAAUGUUUCUCCUUAACCCCUAGCUUUGAUAGUUCGGACAUUACGUGUUAUUUGUAAAUACUGACCAAAUCUAUUUUUUUUCUAUUACUCUUUGAUAAUGGCAGACAUUUACACUUAAUUAAUUGUAACGAUGAACUGUAGUAAGAUAUUGAAUAUCUGUGCAGCCGUACCUAAAGUAGACUAAUUGAAUCUGGUACACGAUUUCCAUUUUCACCAAAUUAUAUUCACAGAAAUACUCACUGAAUCCAAAUUUGUUAUUGCUGUCCAACUCUUCAAAUCCAUAUUCGUUCCCCACCUAUAUAAUACACCGCUGGGCAAUGUGCAAAGAAAACACCUUUUGCAUUUUCUUUUCUUAAACCAUAGGACAGUUCAUGGUCAGAUAGGCCUACCUCAGUCAUGUUCCCCUUACAUGUUUAACCCACUGUCAUCAAAGCUAAUACCUUACCAUGAGACAAACUUUUGAUUUUCUCCCUUUCACUUCAAUAAAUAUUUUUUUUUUAUACAA